ACUGCUUUUAAAGCUGUUGGGCCCUGAAAUUCUAUUCAGCAGUUUGAAAUCAAUCCACAGCUUUUCUCAUUCACCCUCCCACUUGGGGCUAAUGCAAGCCAUGACCAUCUACUGAGGAAAACCACAAAAAACUUCAAAACAGCUACAACGGGAAAAAGGGAGUAUUGUCCCACAGUCAGCAGGCCACUAGCUUAUUAACUUCCAGUCACUUUCAUUUUUGCUAAAAUGAAGACUCUGCAAUCUACACUUCUCCUGUUCCUGUUUGUGCCUCUGAUAAAGCCAGCACCACCAUCUCAGCAGGAUUCACGCACUAUCUAUGAUUAUGGAACAGAUAAUUUUGAAGAAAGCUUAUUUAGCCGAGAUUAUGAGGAUAAAUCCCUGGAUGGAAAAAGUAUUAAGGAAAAAGAAACUAUGAUAAUAAUACCCGAUGAGAAAGGUUUUCAAUUACAAAAAGAUGAGAGUAUAAAACCAUUAUCCCCCAAGAAAGAAAAUGAUGAAAUGCCCACAUGCCUGCUAUGUGUUUGUUUAAGUGGCUCUGUAUACUGUGAAGAAGUUGACAUUGAUGCUGUACCACCCUUGCCGAAGGAAUCAGCCUAUCUUUAUGCACGAUUCAACAAAAUUAAAAAGUUGACUGCCAAAGAUUUUGCAGACAUACCUAACUUAAGGCGACUUGAUUUUACGGGAAAUUUGAUUGAAGAUAUAGAAGAUGGUACUUUUUCAAAACUUUCGCUGUUAGAAGAACUUACACUAGCUGAAAAUCAACUACUGAAACUUCCAGUUCUCCCUCCCAAGCUUACUUUAUUUAAUGCAAAAUACAACAAAAUCAAGAGUAGAGGAAUCAAAGCAAAUGCUUUCAAAAAAUUGAAUAACCUCUCCUUCCUCUACUUGGACCACAAUGCCCUGGAAUCUGUGCCUCUUAAUUUACCAGAAAGUCUGCGUGUAAUUCAUCUUCAGUUUAACAACAUAACUUCAAUUACAGAUGAUACAUUCUGCAAGGCUAAUGACACCAGUUAUAUUCGGGACCGCAUUGAAGAAAUACGCUUGGAGGGCAAUCCCAUCAUCCUGGGAAAACAUCCUAACAGUUUUAUCUGCUUAAAAAGAUUGCCUGUAGGGUCAUACAUUUAACCACUAUCAAUGCAGCACAUAAGCUAAAGUACACACAUACUUAUAAUCCGUCUCAACAAUGUCUAAAGGAGCUUAAGUAUUUAAUAUUAAUUUUGUAUCCUACUAUGAAGGAACUUAUGUUUUAAGCAAAGAUGUUCAAAAAACCUUACAUAUAACAACGAGCAAAAAGUAAGAGUGAAUCUCUAAGUUCAAGACAAAGUAAUGUGAAAAUAUUUGAACAGCAUUACAAAAUCCCUGCAGUUUAUACUAGAGUACCAUUUAAAAGGUAUGUUUUUAUAUAAAUACCCACAUUUAAGACGUAUUAUGAAGUGAAAGGAUAAGUCCAAGAAACUUUCAACUGUUUGUCUUUCCUGGCUUCUACUGGAUCCCUAAAGCAUUUAAGGCAUAUGUUCCAAAAACUUUGAAAAGCUAAAUAUUUCCAGGGAUCUCUCACUUUUCUUUUAUCAUUCAUACAUUAUUCAUUAUGAAGCAGGAACUCUGUUUUCUUUCUAUUAAGGCAGCUACUAUAUUUUUACUUAGCCUCAGAAAUAGGAACAUAGUCUCAUACCUAGGCAAAACUUUCCAAAUAAAGCAUAAUUUUACUCUCUGAUAAAGAGCUAAUAUAGUAAUGUUCAGUUAUUCUGCUUUGUGAUCACACAAUUAAAGGCUUUAGUAAAAUAGUACAAAAUUUUCUUUAAUCUAAAUAUUAACAUUCUAAGUCCACCAUAAAACAUUUUAGGAAGCCAAGCACAUCAAAAUCAGUAUGCUUAUAAAAAAACCUGAAAGUCCAUCCUGUUUCUCAGAACAUACCCAUAAAAUUCUCCACUGUAAAGGCUUUCAAUUAUGAUAUAUACUGCAAAAUAUUUUCUUUUUAUACUAUAGGAAUGAGAAUCUCAUCAAUAAAUUUAUCCAAAUGUAAGACAUGAAAACAAAGUGAAUUCUGUGGUGUUACUACUACACACCACCUUCCCACCCACCCAUACACAUCCAUGUUCUUGAGAACAGACCACACAUUUACAAGAAAGCAUCUCAGCAACAUUUUCUAGAGACCCAUGAUUAACUGGUAUGUUUAAAGAUGAGAAUUCAUCUUCAAUCUAAUAGUGAUAAAGUUCCUAAAAUUACUUUCCUCUUGCGCAAACCCCACUCAAAAGUCUUAGUUUCCACAAUGCUUUGGGGUUGCAUAUAAAAUGAUCAGUGCUUUAGAAACAAGAGUCUGAAUGUGUAUAUAAAAAUUGCCGACAUUGUUUCCAACAUAAAUUAUGCACUAGAAUCAAGUUGGUCUCUGUAUACUAUUCCCAGAACAAACACUAUUGGUGGUUUUCCAUUUGCUUCUGUUUUUUCCGUACCUAGAAUGACCUCCUAUUUUUCAAUUUUCCCAUUUGUCAAGGUUGACCCCAAGAUGAAAUUUUUUCACUAAAACACCUGUGAUCUCUUAACACCACAAUAAUUACUGCUACAACACUAACGCGUUCACUGAUUUUAUUUUGGUAACUGGUAACAAUAACUAUUAUACUGCUUUCUCAUUUUGUGUGCAAGCCUCAUUUCUCUGUGACUGAAAGCUCACUGAGCGCGUUGAACAUAUCCAAUAUCCCCUUUAUACAUUCAAAGUGCUAGCAUAAUAGUGAGCACAUCUAAAUUGAAUAUAUAGUAAAUAGUGCAAAAUAAAAUCCAUUUAAACAGAAGGGCUCUGUUUUAUUUGGAAAAAUAGAAUAUUUAAACUAUCACAAUCUUGAAUAAAUCAAUAGAAAUAAAUUGUAACUUUAUCUGGAAAAACAAACUUAAUAAAGGAUUGCUGAGUGGUGGAACCAACACUGGGGAAAGGGGUCAGUAAAGACUUCCUUCCCAUUUCCAGAUGUCAGAAUAAUAAUGUAUUCCUAUGUUCUUUAUAUUACUAAACUUAAAGGGGAAAAACACCAUAAAAUAACUCUCAAAUUUUAGAGAAUUUAAAAGCCAGUGGUUUAUAUAAAAUAGCAAUUAGGAAAGAGCACUGGUUUAAAAGCCUGAAUUAUGGAAUUAUCUUAAAAAAUAGUUUUGAGACUUCUAGAUAAGAAGAUAUGAACCUAGGUACCCGACAACCUUAUAUACACCCUUAAGUCACAAUAAAAUAAUGAAGUAAAAUAAUGCUGAUCCCCAUUAUCUUAAAUAGAUAUUGCUUCAUUCUUGACACUGAUAAUGAAA